UAAUCCGAAUGAACGAUGAUAGCGCUAUAAGUAAACAAAGUUAUAAUGCUAAUAUCAAUUGACAUACCAGGAACGUAUAUAUACCGGCACGAAAAUUACGCUUUAUUCCUGGCCAAGUGAUCAAGAGGAUUAUCGCUGGAUAGAAGCCGUCUGAAAUAUGUUUGAAUAUAUUACAGGAGUUUAAAAGCACGCGACAGUACGCAUAAUACAACGUUUGUUUAAACCUAAAUUAAAUUAAAUUAAGAUUGAUUGUUACGGUUAAAAUACGUUUUCCGAAAGUUUAAAGAGAGUCAUUAGGAGUUUGCUGAAAGGCCUGCUUAACUAUAUUUUAAUUUCACCGCAAUAAAUUAAUAACAAAAAAUGCCAGCAGACAGCAGACCGGAAGUUGAGGCCCCUUGUGCAUCGACUGGUCUCCUGGCUAGCCAGAAGGUUGUGAUAGCGACCAGCUGGGCCGUCAUGAUGGAGAACCCGACCGAGAACGGCGUGGAGAUGUUUGUCAGACUUUUCAAGAAUUACCCAGACGUCCAAGGUCAUUUCGCAAAAUUGAGCACACUGUCUGUAGAGGAGCUCAAACGCAGCCCAGUCCUAAUCGCGCAUGCGCAGAAAGCCCUAGCAGCCAUUAACCACCUAGUCGAUAGUCUGGACGAGCCCGGAGAGCUCGUGGCGUCCAUUCAAAAUUUAGCCCAAGACCAUCAGCAUAGAGGCGUAACGUCCGAUGAUUUCAAGAUUGUUCUGUCAACCCUACAAUCGCACCUUGCUCAUGUGCUGAAGGACCGCUACGAUGACGUCACGGCGACUGCGUGGAAACAAUGUUGUGACGUCAUAUGGUCCGUGGUGGACGCGGACAUGAAUAAAAAUUCUUGACUGCCUGUGCCAAUUGCGCUUAACUAUGAAAUAUGGUUAAAAUCGAUCCAAUUGAAAUAAGAACUUGAUUUUGGCCUACGAAUAUGAGAUAGCAUUUAAUUAAACCGGGGUAGAUCUACAUAUCUUAAGCGUCAAUUCGGUACUGAAGUGGACAUUUGCUUGUGCAGGGUAGACACGUAGAGAGUUGUUAAUCAAGAAAACUCGCGGUCUUAACACUCACCAUGAUACUCGUAGUUGGGGGUAACUUCACGAGUAGUGUCAAUUAAAAAUAACCGAGGUCUAUCGACAUUAAAAUCUGCAAAAAUAUAGGCCUUCAUCCUGAUUUAAAUCAUUGCAGAAUUUUUCACGUGUCAUUCUAAAACAUUAUUAAUAGACACACAUUAAUUUCAUCGACAAGAAAAAGUAAUAUGAAUCCCACAGUACAUAACAACCCAGAUAUUUAAAUCCUGUGUAAACUUGAGGCACGAGAUUUAAUCACCCGGUCCUAAUAAGCACAUCUAUUGAGCCGGUUGAUAUAAAAUAUAUGGCACUUAAAGCUUAUCUUUUACAACGUUGAACUCUCUGGACGCCAAUUUAAUACAUGUUAAGUUGUAGUAGAUCUAAUUCACUUUUUGUUAUUUUCAAAUGCAAAAAUAUACCGCUUAUUUUCUGUCUACAGUUAAUAACAUUGUGGAAGAAAAUUUUGAUAUACCUAAAAAAAAAAGUUAUCUUGUUUGCUUUAUAUGAAAGUUUAUUGCUCAUGGUUGUGUUUCGAAGUUAAUGAGGUAGAUCCUUCCGCACCUGAGACUGAAUUAUAUUUGACCCAGAAUUUGUCCAAGCACCCUACCUAAUGAAUUUACAAGACACAGAACGAUGGGACGAAUUUUUAAUACAGCUAUAUAGAUUUAAAGGAAAUACAUUUUGAUGUUAACAAAUGCUCGGGGCGGGAGGUGGAGUACUGGAGAUUCCACAUGUCCGGUAUGGUAACUAUCAACCGAACUCACAUGUCCCCGGGGCAGUGAUUGUAACUGGGUCGCCAAGGUGAGAGCGUGUACUAACCACUACUAAAUCCGGACAGCUUUUGCUUGUGUAAUCAAUACGUGCAUAUCUAUUUCACAUUGGGGUUUGACUUUCUGAUAUAACCUAAUGUUUUAAAUCAACAUUUUGAAUGAAAUGUUUUCAGAUUUUAAAAGUUUUUGCUGUUAAAAUAAUAUUAUAUUUUAAUGUAUAGUAACAAAUACAACUGACCCAUAUCAUAAUAUAUUGGUUCUAUAUAUAGGCGAAUGUUGUCUUGUGUAAAUUGAAAACAAGUUUUCUUUAGUGUUGCUUAAGAAGGCAAAUAUCUAUAGACUUCCCAUUUAAUGUUCAUGUAGCAUUGUGACAGUGCAAAUUGUAUAUAUGCAUUAACAACCGUCGAAAGUGUAUUUAUUGAAGAAUUCACUUGAAACAAGAAAUGUGUUCGUCAGAAAACACUAUGUCCCCUACUGGGCCGCUUUGAUUUUUUAAUAUUUUUUUAUGAUUUGGCAGGUUCAAAUAAUUAUUUCCCUUUAAAGGUUAUUACUUCCCUUGGAUUUGUUUUCUUGACCUUUGACCUUGACCUUUCACCACUCAAAAUGUGCAGCUCCAUGAGAUACACAAUUUACACAUGCAUGCCAAAUAUGAAGUUGCUAUCUUCAAUAUUGCAAAAGUUAUUGCAAAAUGUUAAAGUUGGGGCAAACAAACAAACCAACGGACAGGGCAAAAACAAUAUGUCUCCCACUAUAGUGGUGGGGUACAUAAAAAUUAAGUGGAGAAUUAAUAAUAAUAUUAAAGAACACUGAUACCUA